CUGGCCGUCCGGGAGUAAAGUCAGUUUGGUGACGCUCGUCUCUGUUGCCGGAGCACAGCAGAUAAAAAGCACCUCCACCCCUCCUACCUCUCAGUGCUUUGAAUUGUUUGACCAGUGGACAACACGGCUUCUGACAAGGAAGGAGGACAUACAGUUAACCUUAACGGGAAGAAGCUUGACAGAGCGAAGGGCGUGAAAGAAAAACCGCUCUUUUAAGCUAAAAAAAAGGCAACGAAAGUGCUCGGGCUGCUCUUUUGCCUUAUUUUUUAGGAGGGUGGGGGUUCUGCUGUCAAAUUCAGCACUUUUACCAGCCACCCACAUAUCGUCUCCUGUUUAAAAAAAAAAGAAUAAUACGCCGCUUUACCUCCACUUAUCGGGGUCUUCUCGUCGGCAAGCGGAGAGGUGAAAAGAGCCGUCAAAUUCCUCUUUGACCUGGGAAAAAAAAGUGGUCGCACUCCGCGGACAGCGUCCAUCCGGUCUGUGAGAUGUUUGACUUGUGGAAGCAGGACUGACAGAAGGAGCAUGGUCAAACACCAACCCCUCCAAGUCUAUGAGCGCCAGCUGUGUUUGUCUUGCAUCACCGGGAUCUACGGUUGCCGCUGGAAACGCUAUCAGCGCUCCCAUGAUGACACCACCAAGUGGGAGCUGCUGUGGUCCCUCGUCCUGCUUUUUACCUUCUGCGCUCUGCUGGUCUGGUUCUACUUCUGGCUGGAAGCGCACAAUGACUACAAUGAGUUUAACUGGUCGCUCUACAACCGCUCUGGCGAGUGGAGCGAUGGCACCGUUCCAGUCUUGGCCACCACCGCUGCUGGCUUCACCUACAUUGCCUUUUUAAUGGUUUUAGCCCUUUGUCACGUUGCUCUCGGCCAGCAGCUGAAUUUGCAUUGGUUGCAUAAGAUAGGCGUCACUGCGGCUCUGCUGACGACUCUCGUCGGCGUGAUCUCCAUCAAUGAAACAUGGCGGCACGAGUGGGACAUCAUCCCCAUCUCCUUGCAGGCCACCGGCCCGUUCCUGCACAUCGGUGCCGUCGCUGCAGCCACAGCUCUGUCCUGGAUAGUGGCCGGACAGGUCGCCCGGGCGGAUAGAACGUCGUUCCAGGUGGUGGUCCUGGUCCUGUAUCUCGGUUUGUUACUGGGUCUGUACGUGGUGCCGCUGUACAUCGCCUCCCCUUGCAUCAUGGACCCCAGCAACCUCAGGCCCCGCCCCGAUGUUAUUGGUCACCAGGGGGCCCCCAUGCUUGCGCCGGAGAACACGAUGUGGUCCUUUCAGCGAGCGCUGCAAAUGAAUGUUACAGGGUGGGAGACGGACGUUGCAAUCAGCGUCGACGGCAUUCCAUUCCUGAUGCACGACUCAACCCUGCGCAGGACGACCGACGUCGAGAACAUUUUUCCCGACAGGCAGAUGGAGGACGCCGCGAUGUUCAACUGGACCGAUCUGCAGCAGCUCAAUGCAGGACGGUGGUUCCUCAAGGACGACCCCUUCUGGACGACGCACACGCUUUCGUCCCACGAAAGAAGCCGAAUUGCCAACCAGAGUGUGUGCAGCCUCGAGGAGCUACUAAAACUGGCCUCUUACCACAACGCCACCGUGGUGUUCAGGCUCAGGAGACCCCCUGUGGGCCACCGCUGCUACCACAGCUGGAUCAAUGACACUCUGCAGGCCGUGGAGCGAUCCGGGGUUCCUCAAAGUCUGGUGAUGUGGACUCCGGACGAAGACAGGGAUCAGGUGAGACGGCUUGCACCCGGUCUGGUCCAAACAUCCUUGGUCAAGCAAGAUCCUCAACGCCUCAGAGAGGCGAGCAUCAGCCAGCUGGUACUCAGAUACAGCCAGGCGACCACUCGGGAAAUCAGGGACUUGUCGGAGAAAAACAUCAGCCUUACCCUCUACACGGUCAACGAGCCCUGGCUGUACUCGGUGCUGUGGUGCAGCGACGUGUCUGCUGUGUCGUCCGAGGCACCGCAUGUCCUCAAAAAGGUGCCUUACCCCAUCUGGCUCUUGAGACCAGAUGAAUACUGCCUGAUGUGGGUGUGUGCAGAUCUCAUCUCCUUUGUGGCGGUCAUAGCAAUAUUCAUUUUACAGAACUAUCACGUGAUCAGGUAUCGCACCAGCGGCAUGCGAAGCUACAACCCCGAGCAGAUCAUGUUGAACGCCGCGGUGAGGAGAUCCAGUCGGGACCUCAACGUCAUGAAGGAGAAACUCAUCUUCUCCGAGGUGGGGAAUGGCGUCGGGAGCGGCGAGGAGCCGUAUGCGGACGGCCCCGAUGACUACGACUACCUCGCGGACAAAGGUGGGAGCCAAUGACGGAGCGAGCGAGCGAGCGAGCCGCCGGUUGCUUUGUGUACAUUGUGUAAAUAAGCUUCGGUUUCCCGGACCCGCAUCGGACUCAGCACUUUUCCAAGCCGUAGAAUUUCUUUGGCUUGUUUGUCAUUUUUAAUCGGAGAAUUCCAGAUUCUUCAUUUUAAGCUUAUUUAACCCAAAACGGAGUUUCUUCUAUUUUAAAAGCACUGAUGCCUUUUUUUUUUUAAUAUUUAAAUGCAUAUACCCUCUAUACAAAACCAAACUGUAUUUCAGCAUGAAAAACGCUUCCAGCUCGUCUUCAUACUGCGUGUCCUGAUUUCUAUUUAAAGUCUAACAGCGCAAAUGCUGUCUAAAGAAGUCCCGAGGCCGCAUGGAACAGUUAUGAUCAUUUACUGUAUGUGAGCUGUACAGCCAGGACAAAAAAAAAAAAAGUGUGACGCCUCUUUUUAAACCACUUCUAGUAAGUAUCCCAAUUGGUUGGGUGUGUGCAACGGCCGUGGGUUGUUGUUUUUUUUUUUCUCCCCCCGCUUGUGUGCCGUGUAGUGCACGUGAUGCUACGCUACAAUGAAAAGUGGUGUUUGCAAGCCGGCAUUGAACACAAAUGCGAGUCCCGAAACUGUAUUGAUGGACCCCGUUUCACUUGGCUGCAGGCAAGUCGACGGUCGGUCUUGUUUACAAACCAAAAGCAUCUUCAUGUCACUUGCUGCUGUAAGAAAAAUAUGAUCAAGUGUGAAUAAAACUGUAAGUUAACUCAACUGGGGGGGGGGCAACUUGCCUUGUGCUUGAAUUGUACUGUGCCUCGGAAGUUAAUUAAAUAAAAACAACUUCUAGUUAAGUCCACAA